CGGGGGCGGGCCUUCAGCGGAGGCAAAAUUGCCUGGCGGCUGCGGAGCCGCUGGGGUGAGUUCGGUUCGGUGCUGCGUUUCCUACGGCAGCGGAUUGCGGGGCACCGCACCGGUCCGUACGGCAGCGCAUUGCGGGGCACCGCUCCCUGCGGCACCGCACCGGUCCGUACGGCAGCGGAUUGCGGGACACCGCUCCCUGCGGCACCGCACCGGUCCCUACGGCAGCGUAUUGACAGGCACCGCUCCCUCCGGAGCCGCAGCGCCCGCUCCCGGCGGGGCCAUGAUGGCGUGUGCGGAGCUGCUGGCCGUCUGCCUGCUCUCUGCCGACCGCGGCCCCGCGCCCCGUCGCCAGCCUCUCCCCAUCUUCCACGACAUUUUCCGGCGAGCCGACAAGAAUGAUGAUGGGAAGCUGUCGUUUGAGGAGUUCAAGAACUAUUUCGCUGAUGGGAUCCUGAGCUCGGAGGAGCUGUGGGAGUUGUUCAGCGGCAUUGACAGGCGUCAUUCGGACAACGUGGACACAGAGAAAUUGUGCGAUUACUUCUCAGCAUAUCUUGGAGAAUACAGGAACGUGCUUUCCGCCCUGGAAGCCCUCAACUCUGCGGUCCUGGCAGCCAUGGACAAAACCAAGCUGAGCUACGAGACCUCCUCAAAGAUGGAGCAGUUCCUGACCCGCUUCCUGCUGCGGGAAACCAUGCAGCAGCUGCAGUCCCUGCAGGCCUCGCUCGAGUGCGCCGUGGACACCGUGGAGGAGCAGGCGGGACGGGAGAGAAAGGACAUAAAGAAAUCUGAGACCUCGGUUGGCCUGAGGUCAGGGAGACGAUGUGGGCGCAGAGGACAGAAGAACAUCUGUCUGUCUCCAACGGAUCCCUAUUCUGGGAUGCUCACGACAGGUAUUUGUGUCGAAGACAACAGCCAGUGGAUGGCACAGAUCAACAGGCUGCAGCAGCUCAUCGAGAAGCUGGAGUGCAAGAGCCCGCGCUUGGAGCCGCUGAAGGAGGAAGCCAUGUGCAAAGGACAAGAUGCGCACAUCCUGGUGGCAAAGAGGCAGAUCUCGGUGGCGACGAGCGGCAUCGAGGAGUUUCGCCAGGCGUUCCGGUCCUACACGGAGGUCACCGCCGGGCAGAGCAGCUGCCUGCACGUGUCUGCCUGCAAGCUGACGGACGAGGCCUGCUUCAUCCUCUACGAGUUCUGGCGGGACGUGACUUCGUGGAGAAGCCACUUGCAGUCCAGCUGCAGCAAGACUUUCCAGCGGUCCAUCGUCAGCUUGCUGGAGUCCCCGGAGCUGCUGACCACCAUGCUCUUCCCAGCCUCUUGGUGGAUCAUGAACAACAACUGACGCUGGAGCUGCUCCCAGGACACGACCGGUGUGUGAUGGACGGGGAGCCCUGGGCACAGCCCUCGCGUUUGUCACCUCCCUGUCCCUCGUCCCCUCCUGCGGUCGGCGGUGGCUGCCUCCCCAUCAUCCCCGCCCCUGUUUUACCCUUUUUUUCCUCUUUUCGUGUUUAUUUAUUCCCCCAACCAAGACAGUCUCUGUGCUGCCCCAGGGGAGCUGGGCACCCCCAGCAGUGCCUGUGGGACCAUGUUUUGAGGUGGCAGCCUGGCCUUGGGGGGAGCACCGGUCUGGCUGUCACCUCCCAACACCCCCCACUCCCUCUUGGCCCCCAGCUCCUCUUCCUCCCCAUCCUCCUUUUCCUCCCGGCUCUGAGGAGAGGCUGAAGCUCCACAGGGAGCCACCCUGGGCCAGAGCUGGGCUGCCUUGCACAGAUUGCUAAUAGUAUUUUAUAGAAAAAGAAAAUCAAGUAUUUCUGCCCAUGCCAGCACCCUCUGCAGCCAUUGCAAUGGCUUUGGGCCAAACGUCACCUACCCCAUCCCUGCACUCUGCCUUUCCCUGACGCCUGGUGUGCUCAACAUGAGUGCCUGCACACCAGCCCCCCCAACCUCUUUUCCAGCCCCCCAGAAAUGUUACAUUCACUGUUUCUUCCUCCAUCCCCAUUUGCAGCAAUUAAAAUGCAAUUAAUCUGUGGCAGAAGGAGCAGUGGCCCCUGGGCAUGCUGUACCCUGGCACUGUGGGGUGUGUUGGGGUGCCGCUGGGGUUGGGGACGCUGGCUUUACUCCAGGAGGAGCUCCCUGGGUUUGGGGUGCGGGCAGGGGGACCUGGUGCUAUCUGCAGAGCCAGGAUCAGGUAAACCCUUCGUUAAGAGCUCAGACAGGCCCCCUGAAGCCCUGUCCCCUGGCAGGCUCAGCCUGACCCCACUCCCAUGUGGGACGUGUCCUCCCAGUGCCUGAUUAUUUACCUGAUUAUUGAUAACUGCUAAUUUUCCAGCACCUUGCAGGCUCCUCCACACCCCCGUGAAAAGAAAAAAAAAUGCUCAGAAAAGAAUAUGUUUAAAUAUGAACCCACAGAAACCCAAAAGGCCAGAGGGGUGGCUCUACCUGCGCUGGCUCCUGCGCUGUGCUUGGGGCUCCCAUGGCACCUGCUGCAAUGCUGGGGUGUCCAGAGCUCCCCAGCCUGGCCGGGAACCCCGACGGCAGCCGGGGCACAGCAGCGAACCUCGGAUCCUUUGAGAGAGGAAGGAGGAGCUGGAUGAUGAAUAUAGUCUUUUUAUUGACUACUUUUGAGUAGAACAAACUAAAUACAUCUGUAACAGUUUGGGUUCCUUUAUACAGUACAUUAAAUAAGUUAUGCACAGGAAUGAAGUAACAAAUUUCUAUUACUGAAUUAAAUGUCAAAAAAAAAAAAAAAUAGAAA